AUGACUUCUCCUACAGUUUGGAUAUUACUCCUUUUCACCAAAGAGGGAUUUUCUCUUGCACAGAGGAUUAAAGAAGGAGGUGCAGGAUCUAAAGGAGGCAGAUUCAGUGAGCAGUCACGGAACAAUCGCCACUGUGGGACCUGGGUUCGAAAAUUAGAUGGAGGAAGCUUCAACUCUCCAAACUACCCAAAUACAUACCCUCCAAACAAGGAGUGCCUUUACGUACUGGAAGCUCUGCCCCGUCAGAGGAUUGAGCUGCUGUUUAACAAGUUCUUUCAAAUCGAAGCCUCAUUCGAGUGCCGCUUUGACCACAUUGAGGUGAGGGACGGUCCCUUCAGCUUCUCGCCGCUCAUCCAUCGUUUCUGUGGCACAGCCAGUCCCGGCCUUAUCCAAUCCAGUGGACGCUUCAUGUGGAUCCGGUUCUACAGCGAUGAAGAGCUUGAGGGGAAGGGAUUCCAGGUUCAGUAUAGGUUUACUGCAGAUCCUGAAUUUCAUCUACACGUAGGGGGACUUUUAAACCCCAUCCCAGAUUGUCAGUUUGAGCUAAAUGGGCUUGAUGGCAUGAUCCGCUCCAGCCAGGUUGAGGAGGAGAAUAAAGUGAAGCCGGACCAGGCAGUGGACUGCAUCUGGACUAUACAAGCCCCAGUGAAUAACAGAAUUUACCUGAAAUUCAUGGAAUAUCAGAUGGAAAACUCAAAUGAAUGUAAGAAGAAUUUUGUGGCUGUUUAUGAUGGCAGCAGUGCGAUCGAGGACCUCAAGGCCAAGUUUUGUAGUACAGUUGCUAAUGAUAUCAUGCUGGAGACUGGUUUUGGAGUGGUGAGGAUGUGGGCAGAUGAGACAAGCCGUCUUAGCCGCUUCAAGAUGCUGUUCACAGUCUUCUCUGAUCCUCCUUGCAUUGGCAGCACAUUCUUCUGCCACAGCAACAUGUGCAUCAACAACUCUCUGGUCUGUAAUGGCGUACAAAACUGUGUCUUUCCCUGGGAUGAGAACAACUGCCAAGAGGCAAAGAGCAAAACUGCUAUUUUCCAAAUCACCAAGACUCAGGGAACCAUCAUCUGUAUUUCUACAGGGGUAGUGAUGUUACUCCUGAUUUUCUCCAUAAUGGUGCAAGUUAAACAGCCACGUAAAAAGGUAGUGAGACGAAAGAAAAAACUGUUCCAAAACCCUCACCUCCAGAAGAUGUUUGAACCCCAGCACUACGAGCUGUUUUCUGUCAGAGAUAAGGAGAUGUCUGGAGACUUAAGGGAGCUUUCAGAGGAACUCCUGUCCCUCCAAGCUCUGAGGAGAUCUUCGUCCGGAUCUCGCUGUGUUCACGAACAUCAUUGUGGUUCCCAAGCUUCCAUCAACUCUAUCAAAGCCAGUCUUGGUUCAUAUGCGUUGGGGAAGGGAUCUUUGGAUCUACCUACUUUUAGAAGGGACAGUCAGACUGAUGUGCCUUCUUUCAGAGAUGUGGACAGCAGUUUGAGGAAGAAAAGCUGGCCUGGUUUAAAACAGAGCCGAAUGCAGAGUCAACCUGCUAUGGGUGAUCGAGUACUGUGGCAGCAGGAUAGAGUUAUGGAAGAAGAUGAGGAGGAAGAGGAGGGAGAGGGGAGGUAUGAUCUGUAUGUAAGAAAAGCAGGGAGCCGAAGGGCAAAAUAUGACAUGGCUCAACAAAGAUCUCAGUCCAUGGACUUUUAG